AUGAAAAAAUUCUGUGGAUAUUUGUUUAAAGUUCAUAAUUUGAAAAAAAAUUCAAAGACGAAAGCAUUUUGUUUGAUUAGCAUAGGAUUGUUAGAAAUUUACUGUGGUGUUUUAACUUUGUAAAAUUUGAGAUUAUUUUAAGAGAAAUGGAAUAUAGAGAAUUAGAAAAUAAGAUUUUAAGAUAAGGUACAAUGGAUGAUUAUUUGUAAAUACUAACUUACUUUGAUGUUGAGAAAUUAUGUCAAUAAAGCACAAUAUUAUUAAUAACAAUAUUAAUAAUAGGUUGUUGUUUUCCUUUGGUGUAUUUUAUUUUAGGAAUAAUGAGCAACAAGAAGGAGAGAGUUGAGAAAAAUUAAUCAGCUUCUUUAAAAGUAAGAAAUACAUUUAGCAUCUAGUUAUUGAGUUAGUUAAUCGAUAUAUAUUACUGGUGCUUAUUCUAGCCUUUUAUUUAAGUUCAAUUUGAAGUUUUACUACUUAAUAAUAAAAUUUUGGAUUGGAAUUAAAUGUUAUAGGAUAAUUAUACUAAUGUUGCUCUUUUAUUUGCCCUUUCAUUAGUUGGGUUAUUUUUAAAUUCUAUAAUGAUGAUAUCGAUUUUACUCUUUUUUUAUAAAAAUGUCAAUUUUAGGAUUGAUUUAUUAAGUUGCAGUAAUAAGUAAAUAAUGUUGAAUGUUUGUAUAUUAAAAAUUGUAAUUUGCAUAUUCAAUAGUAUUCAUGUUUAAUCAACUACUCAUUAUGUAAAAUAAAUACUAUAAUUAGGUAUCAUAUUUGAUUAUUUUAAUUUUAAUGACUUCAAAAUUAUUGUAAAACUAAUUUUUUGGAAAUGAUACUCCAUCAUUUUAUUAUUUUCGAUUAAAUUAAUUUUAUUAGCAUUUAAUGUUCAGUUUAUUAGGUUUAUUGUUUACAUUUUUAAUAGAAUUGAUGGUAGUAUAUUUUAAUAAUGAAGUUAACGAUUUCUUAUGCAUUAUUUCAAUAUGUGUAUUUUUGAAUAUUUUAGGAAGCAUUUUUCAAAAUAAAAUAGUUUUUUUUUAUUUGUUAUAACAAAAGAUUUCAGAUUAAUUAACAUUGAAUAAAAUUUAUUAUUUUUAUCAACUUAAUACAUAAUCAGAGGAUAAAAAACAUAUAAUAAUUGGUUUAAUAGAUAAACAUCUUAAAGAUGGUUGUAUUUCAAAAUUAGAAAGAAAAUACUAAACAUAAGAUUAAUCAAAAGAUCCAUUAUUAGAUUCUACUUCAAUAGGAUACUGUUUUUGUUAAUAACAUCAGUUUUAUGAUCCUAGAAGAAGAGUAUUUAUAAAUAGUUAAAAAUCAAAAGUUUAAUAACAUUAUAAAUCAUUCUUCAAAUUUGAGAUUAAAUCUUUAUAUGAAUAAUGCAUAAUUUAAAAUAAAGAAAAUCAUUAGAUAAGAUUAUCAUAUUCAAGACAUCUAUUUUUUUCAAUUUAAAAUAAAUCUUAAGCAUUAUUAUAAAUGUCAAUUUUAAAAUAAAAAUUAAAUAAAUUAUCAUUUUUUGAGAAAGUGAAUUUUCAUUUAUUAUUAAUGAUGAUGUAAAAUAAAAUAAAAAUGCAAAAUUCUAAUAGUUAUAGAAAUUAUUUAGAUUUUGAAUAUGUAAUAGAUAUAGAGAUGAUUGUAAAGAAAAUAAAAAUAAAAAUUCUAGAUUUAAUUUAAAAUUAUCUAAAAUAUUGGAAUACAAUUAAUUUAGAAAAGAUUGAUGAAUCUGAUUUAAUAAAAUUAGAUAAAAAGAUACAAAUAGGAAUAUUUGAAUGUGAAAAGUUAUGGUUAAAAAUUAAUCAAAAUAAUAAAAACUUUGGAGAUUAAUAAAAUGACAUGAAAUAUUUAAGUAAAAAACCAUAAUGGGAAUUAUUAUAUUUAUGGUAUAAAAGAUAUAUUCUAAAUUAAAAAAUGAAAGGUUAAAAAAUUGAUUAUCAUCCAGUAAGCCAUUUACAUUAGAAUUUCUGUGAUGAAGAUUCAGAUUCUGAUUAUGAAAAUCAUUAUAUGCAAUCUUUUGACCCUAAAAAGGUUUUUCAUUCAAUGACAGCUAUUAUUUUUGCAAAAGAAAAUGGAAAUAUUGUCAAAUUUAAUGAAUAUACAAAAUAGAUUUUUGGAAUUCAAGGAUUAAUUAAUAUUAAUUAAAUAAUUCCUAAUUCUAUGAUUAGAAAUCAUAUGUUAAGAGUUAAAGAAUUUGUUGAAAAAGGAAAAACUAAUUCCUUAUAUACAAGAAAGAAAGUACUUAUUUAACAUCACAAUUCAUAUUUAAUUCCUGCAAAUAAAUAUUUAAAAAUAUCAAUCAAUUAAUUCAUGUUAUUAGAAUUUAUAGCAAUGAUUCGACCAAUUUAACAUGAAUCAUCAGGCAAUUAUUUAAUUAUUAAUGAAGAUUGGGAAAUUGUUUAAGCAACUAAAUAAUUAAAAAAUAUGUUUGAAUCUUAAUUUAAUCUAUUAUUGAGCUGCCCUAAAUUGUUGUUGUAUUCUUAAUAUUAAAAUCUAUUAGAAAAAGAUGAUUAUUCAUUAUUUCAAAUUAAAGGACAUAAAUAUUAUACUCUAUCAAAAUAACAAACAACUAAUAAUGAUUUAUAAAGUAUUAUUUUUGAUAUCAUUAGGAUAAAAGAGCAUGAUAAAUGAUAAUGUAUUUGAUGAAAUUGAUUAAGAAAAAUAAUUUACUGAAUAAUUUAUAAAAGAACAUGAAGAUGAUUUAGAUGAAAGACAAAGAUUGCUGAAUUCUAAUAUUUAAAAUUAAAAUGAACAAUAUUUUUAAAUUUUGAUUAGAAUUCCUAUGCUUUAUUAGAGAAUGAAAGCUGAAUACUUUAAUUUAAUAAUUAAUGCUGAUAAGGAAAAUUUCCAUGAUUAUCCAGAAGAUUCUAUUAUGAAAUAGUAAAGUAUUAUUAUAAGAAAUGGAAGAAAGAAAAUUGCUUUUAAUUUCAAAAUUUUAGUUGAAAAAAUUAACUUUUUAAAAAAAAUUCGUUUAGCUUCUUAAUUAGAAGUUUAUAGUAAAUAUUAUUUAAUAACAAGGGUAUCUUUAUAGAAAAUACUUCUGUAAGGCAGAUCAAUUAAAAAAAGUAAUUCGAGUAGACGCAAAAAUAAAAUUAGAAAAAAAUUAAUUAAUUGAUAAAAUAUAGAUUAUAAAAAUAAAUAGAUUUGAAACAUUUAAUAAUGUAAAAUCUAAAAGAUAAUCUAUGUUACUUAAAGGUGAUAUAAAUAGAAAAACAUUGAGGAUUAAAUUAGAACCUAAAUAAUAAUAAUUCUAAAAUUAAAUUUCUAUAUAAUAUAAUAAUUUACCUUCUAAUAAAGAUAUCAAGAUUCCUCUAAAUGAAAAUUUAACAACAAAUGCUUAUAAAUAUUUAAUAAAUGAAAAUCAAAUGAAAAAUGAUUUUAGUGAAUCUCUAAUACAAGAAAUUUAAAUAAAAGCAGAUUAAAAUUUAUUUUUAAAAGAAGAUCAUAAUAAAAUAAAAAAACAUUUAAAUAAAAUUGAUUAUUUUAAAUGGACAAAUAGAUAUUUCAUGGUUGGAAUGAUUUUACUUACAAUGUUAUCAUUUUCAUAUGGUCCAAAUAUUAGUUAUAAUGAUCUUUAUCUUUUAGGAGUAAUAUUUAUAAUAAUUUAUUAGGGAAAUUCAAGUUACACUGCCGUACUCGUUGCUUAAGAUAUUUCUAUUAUUUAUAACUAAAUUAUUGAUUUAGCACUUUGUAACUAAAAUGCUACUUUAUGUUCUAAUAUCAUAACAUAUACAAGCAGUUAUUAUAAAUAAGAACUUGUAGAUUAAAGAAUUUAACUAGAUCUUUAAAAAAUUAAUAAUAGUCUUAAUUAAUUUUAUACAAGUAAGUACAAUAUACAAACUAUAUAUUCUACUGUUAUUAUAGAACAUGAUCAUGAAGUACAUUAAUAAAAUGUAUUAGAAGAUAUUAAAAACUUUUAAGUUUUAUUAUAAUAGUUUCUUAUAUCAAAUAUAUCAGAAAUUACAUUUGAAUUUGAAUAUUAUUAAAUUCUCUAAUCAAAUUUAAUGCCAGGAUUAUUUGAAAGUUUAAGUUUAAUUCAAAUUGAUUUGCUAAAUGAAAUUUACUUAGAAUUUGAUUUUAGAUCAUCAUUUUUUUUAAUAGAUAUGAUAACUGGCUUUAUGUUUUUAGGUACAUUGAUGGCUAUAAAUUUUUUUAAUGUAUUUAAAAUAAUAGAUUAUUAUUAAACAUUAUAUAGUUAAAUUUAAUACUUUGAUUAAUCAUCAAUUGAAAAUGUUAUACAAUAUUAUAGGAAACUUAGAUAAUGUUUUAAUCUUUUUAAUGAUAUACAAACACAUCAUACAAACAGUAAAAUUAAUAAAUUUAAUGAUAGAUUAUAUUUCAUUUUAAUCAGAAGGAUUUAUAAAAGCAGAAACAGAUUAAAAGAUGACAAUGGCUUUAAAGACAACUAAAUUUGUUGUUUCUAAUUAUUGGUUUAAAUUAAAGUUAAGAUUGAUGUUGUUGUAUUUCAUAUUUAUGUUCCUUUUAAUUGUGAUGGCUUUAACUUACAAUAUUUAUAUGCAAAAAUAUGCAUAUGAUUUAAAAAUUGAAAUAUCUUAGAAUCCUUUUCUUUUUGAAACGAAAAGUCCAUGGGUUUUCACAUUUUCAAAAGAAUUAUAUAUUGAAUCUUUCUAUAAUAUUCAUAACAUAAUAACAAAUGAAUAUAAAGAAUAUUUAGAAGAAUUUGUUAUAGAUGCUUUAAAUACAGAUUCGAGUCGACUUGAAUCAAAAGAAGCAUAAAUCGAUGAUUAUUUUUAUUCAGACAUAUGCAAAUUACUUAUUUCUAAUUUAAGUCAUUGUUAGAAUAUUGCUGAUGGAAUAUUAAAACGAGGAUUAUAACAAACAUUUUAUUUAAUGGGAAAUUUAUUUGAAAGUUAAUUAGAUGAAAAUAAAACAAAGUUUUCUGAAAUUUCUUUUGAUUCAAUUUAUGAAUUAAACUUUGUAUUUAUUAAUAUUUUUAUUAGUUAUAACCAUAUGUAUUUUCUAGUAGGAAAGAGAUGUGGAAAAUUUGGAUAAACAACUUUUCCAAGAUUUUUAAUUAUUAUGUAUUAACAGAAACGUAAUUAAUGUAAAUACAUUAUUAUUAUAUAGAAUUUGUUUUUAUAUUUUUUCUUUUUUGAUUUACAUAACUACUUUGGAAGUAUACUUUGAGGAAUAAUUAAGACUUGAUUAUUAAAAAGUGAGAAGUUAUUAUAAAAGAUAUUUUCCAAAUAAUAUUUUGAAUGAAUAAAAGAGAAUUAAAGCUAUUUUGAAAAAACUAUCUCUAAUUGGUUGA